GGCGGAAGCAAAGGAAGAGAAGGAGGAGCUAUCCUAGGGAGUGCGGCCUGGCCUGUGGCGUUAGGGGUGUUUCCGGGUUGCGCUCCCGGAAGCAGGAAGUUGUCGUUCUAGCCUCCUCGCCCGGCGGCUGCAGUCCCCGAGGCGGGAGGAGCCCGAAGGGGCGCGGGCCCCGCAUGGAUUUUAUAUUGGAAGACAUGGAUCUUGCUGCCAAUGAACUCAGCAUUUAUGACAAACUUUCAGAGACUGUUGAUUUGGUGCGACAGACAGGCCAUCAGUGUGGCAUGUCGGAGAAGGCAAUUGAAAAAUUUAUCAGGCAGCUCCUGGAAAAGAAUGAACCUCAGAGGGGGCCACCCCAGUAUCCUCUCCUUAUAGCUGUGUCUAAGGUCAUCAUAACCAUGGGAUUAAUCUUGCUCACUGCCUACUUUGUGAUUCAACCUUUCAGCCCAUUAGCACCUGAACCGGUGCUUUCUGGAGCUCACACCUGGCGUUCAUUCAUCCAUCAUAUUCGGCUGAUGUCCUUGCCCAUUACCAAGAAGUAUAUGCCAGAAAAUAAGGGAGUUUCUCUUCAUGGAGGUGAUGAAGACAGAUCUUUUCCAGACUUUGAUUCCUGGUGGACAAACAAUAGUAAGCAGAAUGAGCUGGAGCCCGUGCCGGCCAACUGCACGGGCUGUGCCCAGAAACUGCCCCUGAAGGUGCUGCUCCUGGAAGAUGCCCCAAAGAAAUUUGAGAGACUCCAUCCUCUGGUGAUCAAGACGGGACAGCCCCUCUUGUCUGAGGAGAUUCAGCACUUUCUAUGCCAAUACCCUGAGGCCAUAGAAGGCUUCACAGAAGGAUUUUUCACCAAGUGGUGGCGUUGCUUUCCUGAAAGGUGGUUCCCAUUUCCUUACCCAUGGAGAAGACCUCUGAAUAGUUCACAAAUCUUACGUGAGCUUUUUCCUGUUUUCACUGACCUGCAAUUUCCAAAAGAUGCUUCUUUAAAAAAGUGUUUCCUUCUUCACCCAGAACCUGUUGUGGGGAGUAAGGCUAUGCCGGUACCACCCAUUGGAAGGUCUACAUUAUAGCCAGAGGAGCCCAGCCUUUGGUCAUCUGCGAUGGAACUACUCACUCAGAACUAUAGGAAUCAGAACUUUAUUCAGGAGCAACUUUGAGAGCUGAAAACCAGGUUGAAAGGGGGGAAAUAAAACAAAAAGAAUGAAACUGCUUUCUGGGGGUUGGAUACUUAGUUACCUGCCCUUUGCAUGCAUGUGCCAGCCAACUGUGAGCUGUGAGGCAGUGGCCAGGGCCUACCCCACUUCUUCCCGCAGUUGAUUCAAGAAGGACUCUAGCCUGGGCACUUGUUUAGGGCUCUGCCAGCACCUAUCUGUGAAAAACUGAACUCUACCAGGCCUCUGGGCACUACAGCCUUCAGGCUGCUCCUCAGGCAGGAAAUAGGGCUGGUGCCUUCCUUCCCUGGCAUUGCCAUGGUCCCUUCUGCUGGCUCUGUGGCAGCAGAGAGGACAACUAGAAGGUUCUGACAUCAGAGCCGUCCUUUACCAUGUGAUCCUGUUCAUCCCCGUCUUCCUGGCUAUAUCACCCUGUACUUUUUUGGAAAGCCAUGGCUGAUUGAAGAAACCAUUACAGUUUCUCAAGCAGAAUCUAGAACCAGUAAAAAAAGAUCAAAUAACCUUGAAAUGCCCUCAAGUGUACUUCUUUCCCAGUGCCCGUGGCUCUUGGAGUCUCAGUGAUGCCUGAGUAGGGUCUGAUUAUAAUUUGAAAUGGAAAUUACUAAGAUAUUAUUUUUCUUCAUUUUAUCAGAUUCUUGAGCUCUGCCCCCGACCCCCACCUUGUCCCUUGCUUAUCUGGAUGGUUUCUCAGAAGGGGCUGGGCCAGAGCCGGUACUGCUAAGGCAGCACCCCUUGUGUCAGCUGUGUUGCCUUUACAAAGUGUCUUCAGAGAGGAAUGAGCUGGAGUAGCUGGCCUGGGGAGAGGCACCUCCCUUGGUUUGAUCUUUAGGUCUGACCUUCUGCAGAGAAGAUAUUUUACACAUGUGUCAGAGCUGAUGUUGUAAUGUGGUUGUGGGAGGAACUCCAGACCCAAAGUGUUUGCCAGCUGGGUGUGCAACUAUGUGGUCCUGUGUCUUAAAAUGAUUUCUCUCUUUGUGCUGGGAAACAAGGUGAGGUAUUUUUAUUGUUUUGCAAUAAUAUAAAGCUAUAUUCUUCUGAUUGAAUGAUUCACUAUGCUUAUUUUUCCCCCCAAGUGUUUUUGGUAUGUAUUAAUCAAAUGAUAUAAAUAAGGGCACUUUUCUUGUUCCAUUUUAUUCCUUUAUUGACCCUAUUAGGCCUUUGGUCAUGUCAUCACCAAGAUGAAGAAAAAAACAAACCUCAUGUAUGGCCUCUGGCUCUGAAUUGCAGAAAUCAAAUGUAUACAGUAGGUGUCUAUGUCACUUCAGGAUCAGAGGCGGACAGUUAUGAGGAAAGGUGGCUGUGAUCCUUUGUGGUGUCCUCUUCAUCUUGGAGGAGCCCUGCAUCUCAUCUCCCACACCGUCUUCUAACAGCAGCAGGGGUCAUCAAGUGCAUGAAUGGCCUGUUCCUGGGCUUCUAAAGGACAAACAGAGUUCACAGAACUCGGGGUGGAAACACACGGAGCCUCUUCCAGGUGCUUCAGUGAAACUAGAAUGAACUGUACCUGAGGGAUUCCUUUAAAGAAUCAGCCCCUUGUGUGAAUUUAUACAGGAAAAACAAAACUUACUGUACAUAUAAAAGUCAUGCUGCUAGGCAAUUAUGAUUUAAGAGGUUUUAAGUCAGAGGGAUCAUCUGGAAGCCAGCUUUGUGCAAGCUUUUAGAGCCUUUGCAAUGUCCUACGCUGGGGAAAGAUUAUGCAUAAACAGGUUCUUUAGAGGCCCCUCAGAGCUAUCUUAAAUUAGACCCUUUUAGUUAAUAAAAGAGAGGCAUCCUUAGGAACAAAA